CUUCAAGAAAGCUGGCAAUAAGUCCACAACGCAAACCCAACUUCGCUUGCCUCAAUAAAUCAUGUCGUCGACUGGAGGUGGAUGGGCGCAACUCCGCCAACAAGCUAGAUCACUUGAGACUCAGACCGAAUCGCUCUUCCAUACGUAUUCUCAAUAUGCCUCCAUGUCGAACAUUUCCCAAAAGCCUUCCGAGGAAGAAACUCGCACCGAAGCGCAGCUCAUAGAAAUCCUCGACAAACGCGAAGCCCUCCUCUCUCAACUCACCCGACUCCUUGAUUCAGAAUCGUCACAGUCCGCUCUAAAGCAGAACAAUCUGUCGCGGCAUCGCGAAAUACUGCAAGAUCACCGACGAGAGCUCUCGCGGCUAAAGUCUACCAUAAACUCGGCUCGAGACCGGGCGAAUCUGCUGUCGAAUGUGCGGUCCGACAUCGACGCCUACCGGUCAUCGAAUCCUGGUGCUGCCGAAGCAGAGUACAUGCUUGAUGAGAGGAGGCGGAUUGACAACAGUAACAAUAUGGCGGAUUCGAUCCUGGCCCAAGCAUAUGCAGCGAAUGAGAGCUUUGCCUCGCAGCGAGAAACAUUGAUGAACGUAAACAGGAGGAUCACAGCAUCAUUAAGCACAGUACCAGGGAUUAAUAGUCUGAUUGGGAGGAUCGGGGCCAAGAAGCGAAGAGAUGGCAUCAUUCUCGGAUCAUUUAUUUCGUUCUGCUUUCUGAUGCUGUUAUAUUUCUGGUAAUAUAUCGCUACAGUCUAUGUGAGUGCAUCUCUGGGAGUUUAGGAGCUUGGAGUAUGAACGGUGUUCUGAAUUG